CGUAGGCGGCUUUUUCUUAAUCGUGUAAAUACUACUUGUACGUACCAUCGACCGCCAGCAUCAGUUGCUGCUCCUUUGUCCUGUCGUGGCAGCGGCACUGCGAUUCCUAUGCCAAACCCCAUACGCCCACACGACGCAAGCACAUAUGCAUUGACUGCUCCCCAAGUCCAAACUCCAUCUGCACGGUCAUAUAUAACUGCGCCGGCCGCGCGGACCGGCAGGUAGAGAGCUAGCCAGAAAGGCCUCAAUUAACCGAGAGGAUCGGAAGACUCGAUCGAGGGGAGAGGGUAUGGCGGGGCUGCAGCGAUCGAGCGAGACGUUCCGGCGGUCCGGGUCGUCGGGGAUGGUGUGGGAGGAGAAGCACCGGUCGGCGUCGGGCAAGGAUCAGGCCGCGCCCGGCGCCGUGGCCGGCGCAAGGCCGCAGCGGAGCGGCUCGGGCGGGCAUGGCGGGUACAGGGCGGGCCACGUCCAGCCCGCGCUCGACCCGCCCUCCCCGCGCGUCGCGGCCUGCGGCUUCUGCAACCUCUUCGGCAAGCAGGAGGCGCCAGCGCCUCAGCCCCGCGCCGGCGCUGGCAGCGCCAAGGGGAAGCGCCGGUGAGCCGGGCCUGCUGCCGCCCGCGCGCGGCUAGCUAAACGUCGAUUUGAUUUGAGGACACUAGGCCUUCGAACUCGAACUUUUGCCCGGCCAACGGAAAUUGCAGGUCAAAUUGGCUAAGAUCAGGGGAGACGGAGUGAGAUGUAUAAUUAUAAACUUCAAACUGUGGCCUGAAGUUGGAAUCGUGAAAUUGCAAACUUCGUCCCCCUCAACAUGUUUCUCAA